AUGGCGGAUACACUGAGGGGUUGGGGCUGCAUAGAGCCGCUUCUGCUCCUCCUGCUCCUGGAGACGUUAUGGAGAGCUGGAGCUGGGCCGAUCCGCUACUCGGUGCUGGAGGAGCUGGACAAAGGCUCCUUCGUGGGCAGCAUCGCCAAGGACCUGGGUCUGGAGCCCCGGGAGCUGGCGGAGCGUGGCGUCCGCAUCGUCUCCAGAGGUAGGACGCGGCUCUUUUCUCUGAACUCGCGAAGCGGCAGUUUGGUCACCGCAGGCAGGAUAGACCGGGAGGAGCUCUGCGCUCAGAGCGCACGGUGUGUGGUGAGUUUUAACAUCUUGCUUGAGAAUAACAUGAAAAUUUAUGGAGUAGAAAUAGAAAUAAUAGAUAUUAAUGAUAACUUUCCACGUUUCCGGGAUGAGGAAGUAAAAGUAAAAGUUAAUGAAAAUGCGGCUACGGGAACUCGGUUAGCACUUCCUUUCGCUCGAGACGCGGAUGUGAGUAUGAACUCUCUCCAGAGUUAUAAGCUCAGCCCCAAUAUGCACUUCUCUCUGGAGCAGAAAAGCGGAACUGAUGGACAAAAAUAUCCGGAGCUGGUACUGGAACGGCCCUUGGACCGCGAGAAAGUAGCUGUCCACGACCUUCUUCUCACAGCUUUAGAUGGUGGAGACCCCAUACUCUCUAGUAGUAUGCACAUACACGUGGUGGUCCUCGACGCAAAUGAUAAUGCGCCUCUCUUCACUCAAUCUGAGUACAGAGUGACUGUUCCAGAGAACAUACCUGUAGGCUCUCAGCUGCUUACACUAACCGCCACGGAUCCAGAUGAGGGAGUAAACGGGGAAUUAACAUACUCUUUUCGCAAUGAAGAAGAUAAGAUUUCAGAGACUUUCCAACUUGAUUCCAGCCUGGGUGAAAUCUCAACUCUGCAAUCACUGGAUUAUGAGGAAUCCAGAUUCUACCUCAUGGAAGUGGUAGCUCAGGAUGGAGGUGCUCUUCUUGCCAGUGCUAAGGUAUUGGUGACAGUACAGGAUGUGAAUGACAAUGUCCCAGAAGUGAUCCUCACAUCCCUUGCUAGUUCCGUCUCUGAAGACUGUCCUCCUGGAACUGUAAUUGCACUGUUUAGUGUACAUGAUGGUGAUUCUGGAGAGAAUGGUGAGAUUGUGUGUUCUAUCCCCAGGAACUUGCCCUUUAAAUUGGAAAAGUCAGUUGAUAAUUAUUAUCACUUAUUGACAACGAAAGCCCUGGACAGAGAAGAGAUCUCAGAUUAUAACAUCACAAUAACUGUCAUUGACAGUGGAAACCCACCCCUGUCUACAGAAAGCCACAUCUCCCUGAAUGUGGCAGACAUCAAUGACAACCCUCCCAUCUUCCCUCACACCUCAUACUCCACCUACAUCCUGGAAAACAAUCCCAGAGGCAUCUCAAUUUUAUCUGUGACUGCACACGACCCUGACAGCGGCAACAAUGCCAAGAUCACUUACUCUCUGGCUGAGGAUAUGUUUCAAGGAAUGUCUCUGUCUACCUAUGUCUUCAUCAACUCCAAUACAGGCAUCCUGUAUGCUCUGGGCUCUUUUGACUACGAGCAAGUUAAAGAUCUGCAGCUGUGGGUAAUGGCCAGUGACAGUGGAGACCCUCCACUUAGUAGCAACAUGUCACUGAGCCUGUUUGUGCUGGAUCAGAAUGACAAUGCCCCUGAAAUCCUGUACCCCAGCAUUCCCACCGAUGGCUCCACUGGUGUGGAGCUGGCUCCCCGAUCCGCAGAGCCCGGAUACCUAGUGACCAAGGUGGUGGCGGUGGACAGAGACUCUGGCCAGAAUGCCUGGCUGUCCUACCACCUGCUCAAGGUCAGCGAGCCAGGACUUUUCACGGUGGGGCUACACACGGGUGAGGUGCGCACUGCACGGGCCCUGCUGGACAGAGACGCGCUCAAGCAGAGCUUAGUGGUGGUGGUCCAGGAUCAUGGCCAGCCCCCUCUUUCAGCUACUGUCACACUCACUGUGGCUGUAGCUGACAGUAUCCCAGAUGUCCUGGCUGACCUGGACAGCCUCAAGCCUUCAUCCUAUGCUGACGACUCCAGUCUCACACUGUACCUUGUGGUGGCAGUAGCUAUAGUCUCCUGUGUCUUCCUCACCUUUGUCAUCGUGCUACUGGCACUCAGGCUGAGACGCUGGCACUCUUCAAGUCAGCUCCAGGCAUCAGGAAGCAGGUUGGCUGGCAUGCCCACCUCGCACUUUGUGGGUGUGGACGGGGUGCGAGCUUUCCUGCAGACUUAUUCCCACGAGGUCUCCCUCACAGCAGACUCCCGGAACAGUCACAUGAUCUUCCCCCAGCCCAACUAUGCAGACACACUCAUCAGUCAGGAGAGCUGUGGGAAAAGCGAGCCUCCUCUGAUAUCUGAGAAGAUAAAUGUAAACGAAGAGCUAGGAGUUGUACAGCCAUUUUAUGAAAAUGGAAAUGAAAAGCACUACGAUGCCAAUGUCUUCAGCAAGUUACCUCUGCUCUUUGAGGAGUAA